AUGGCAUCCCGCGAAUUAUCCGACGAAAGUCAUGUGAAAUUUACAAACGAUAUCAAUAAGCGCAUUUCAGAACUAUCCCAUGGAAGUGAUAACAACGAAAAACUUGGCGCAAUUAUGGCUAUUGAUCGCCUAAUCGACCUUGAACCUGAGGGAAAUGUCAGUCGUUUUCACAACUACCUUCGAAACAUGCUUCCCUAUAAUGAUCCACUAGUCAUGACACCAGCCUCACGAGUUCUCGGUCGAUUAGCCGUAAGCUCAUCUACGCUUACUGCAGAUCUAGUCGACACACAAGUCGAACAUGCACUCGAAUGGUUACAGAGUGACCGGAGUCGUCUAGCCGCCGUAUUAGUGUUGCGCGAGUUGGCGGUCAAUGCACCGACCCUCAUCUAUGCGUAUGUGCCCCGCAUUCUUGAUCUUAUCUGGGUUGCUUUACGAGAUUCCCGCCAACUCAUCCGAGAACACGCCGCAGACUGUCUAAGCCAAUGUUUGGAUAUCGUUCAACAGCGUGAAACACCAAUGAGAAAAACGUGGUAUGCUCGUAUCUGGGAAGAAGCACAGAGAGGAUUACGGAUGAACAGUGCAGAGGCAACUCACGGAAGCUUAUUGGCCAUGCGAGAGUUAUUGUUGCAUGCUGGCAUGUUUAUGACCGAUAUGUACAAGGAAGUGUGUGAAAUUACCAUCAAACUGAAAGAUCUCAGUAAUGCAUUGAUCCGCAAGACAGUCGUAGCUAUAAUUCCCACUCUUGCUAGCUACGACCCCGCUACAUUUGCCGAACUUUACCUCGACAAAUUCAUGAGGCAUCUGCUCGGUCAUCUUCGUAAAGACAGGGACAAGCGUGAUGCAUUUAUCACAAUCGGUCAGGUUGCGUUACAAGUCAAAAGUAACAUGGGACCUUACCUCGACUUGACCCUGGCUGGUAUAAAGGAAACCCUGUCAGUUAAAGGACGCCAGCGGAAAGAGGUAGAAACAGCGACAUUCACUUGUAUAAGUAUGUUGGCUACUGCAGUAGGACAAGCCCUGACAAAGUAUAUCUAUGACAUGCUGGACUUGAUGUUCAAUUGUGGACUGUCCGAGCCGCUUGUUUCGGCACUCUCUAAUAUCGCGGAUCGCAUUAAUCCUCUCGCCACUGUUAUACAAGCUCGCCUUUUGAACGUUAUUUCAAUCACUCUUAGCGGUCAACCUUAUAAGCAACCCGGUGCACCUUUCAGCCGUAACAUCAUUCAAACAGUCGAACGGCCGCUGCGUGAAGGCAGUGUUACCGACGCAAAAGACAACGACAUCAUUGUUUUAGCCUUAAAAACACUAGGCUCAUUCGACUUUUCUAAUCAUGUUCUCAACGAGUUUGUGCGCGACUGUAUCGUAAAUUACCUCGACGAUGACCUACCAGAAAUCAGAAAAUCUGCAGCAGUAACAUGUUGUCAGCUAUUUGUUCGGGACCCUAUAUGUAACCAGACAAGUGCCCAUGCUAUGAAGGUCGUCGGAGCAGUACUCGAAAAACUCCUCACAGUCGGAAUUGCAGAUCCUGACCCAGUUAUCCGAGAAACUGUUCUAUCUUCUCUUGAUGUACGCUUUGACCGCCAUCUCGCACAAGCUGAUAACGUUCGAUCGCUCUUCAUUGCUCUCAAUGACGAAGUUUUUGCUAUUCGUAAAAGAACCAUAACCGUCAUUGGCCGUUUAACAACCUAUAACCCAGCAUAUGUUAUGCCUUCCCUCCGCAAAACCUUGAUCCAAUUACUGACCGAACUUGAAUACUCUGUUGUUAGCCGCCAAAAAGAAGAGGCUGCGUGUCUUGUUUCUUUGCUAGUGCGUGCUGCCCAACGUCUGACAAAACCCUACAUCGAGCCUGUGCUCAAGGUUCUUUUACCGAAGGCUCGAGACUCUUCUAAUGGAGUGGUCUCUGCAGUACUGGGUGCGUUGGGUGAAUUGGCCGCCGUGAGUGGCAAGGAUAUGGUACCAUAUCUUGAUGAGCUUAUGCCGCUGAUCAUGGAGACUUUGCAGGACCAAAGCUCGAGUUCGAAGCGCGAUGCUGCUCUAAAGACACUCGGACAAUUGGCCAGUAAUACUGGUUUUGUUAUUGAACCUUAUACUAAAUAUCCAGCCCUUCUUAAUAUCUUAAUCGGUAUUCUUAAGACCGAACAAAGCGCUAGCAUCAGACGAGAAACCGUCAAACUUAUGGGUAUUCUUGGUGCUCUUGAUCCUUAUCGUCACAAGAUGAACGCGGUUGGGAGUUCAAGUGAAGCCAUGGCAGAUGCCAAACUGGCCAGUAAUGAUGUGACAUUACUGAUGAUGGGUGUAGGACCAUCCUCGGAGGACUACUAUCCCCAGGUUGUCAUGCACUCACUUAUGAAGAUCCUCAGAGACCCAUCCCUUAGUAAUCACCAUUAUACUGUAAUUGAUGCCAUUAUGUACAUAUUCAAAACCCUUGGUCUCAAAGUAGUCCAGUUCCUUCCCCUCGUCAUCCCUGGUUUCCUCUCUCUUAUUCGCUCCUGCACCACCAGCCUUCAGGAAUACUACUUCCGCCGUUUGGGUGAUCUCGUUCUUAUCGUCAAACAGCAUAUCCGUAACUAUCUCAAGGAGAUCUUUGAUCUUGUUGAUGAUUAUUGGACACCACCUUCCUCACUCCAGAUUACCAUCAUUUCCCUUAUCGAGGCAAUCGCAAAGGCUCUCGAUGGCGAGCUCAAGAUUUACUUACCCCGCCUCUUACCCCAUAUGCUCCAAAUAUUUGACAAUGAUACAACAGAACGUCGCUUACCUACCAUGAAGGUCCUUCAUGCCUUUGUUGUAUUCGGAUCAAACAUUGAAGAAUACAUGCACCUUGUCAUUCCCGCCGUCGUUAAAUUCUUUGAAAAACCUGAUGCACCGGUCUCAGUACGUCGACAGGCCAUUACAACCAUUACCGCUCUGUGCAAAAAAGUUAUAAUGUUUGACUAUGCUUCGCGUAUCAUCCACCCCUUAGCCCGUGUCUUACCUGUCCUUCCUCUGGAGGCACGUCCGACUGCCAUGGAUUUGCUGUGUGCGCUUGUGUUCCAACUCGGAACUGACUAUACAAAGUUUAUUCCUGUAAUUAACAAAGUCCUCACCCGCCAUCGUAUCACACAUUCCAAUUAUGAGCUCCUUGUUGGUAAACUACUCAAGGGAGAAAACUUGCCCCAGGAACUCGGCAAGACCCUUGAUGAUCGUGAAAAUAGAGGAGAUGAGACUCCCUCAGCAGACCUCAGCACGGCUAAAAAACAGCCUGUUAACCAACAGCAUCUCAAAAAGGCAUGGGAAGCAUCUCAGAGAUCUACAAAAGAAGAUUGGAUGGAAUGGAUUCGUCGUCUCAGUGUAGAAUUACUUAAACAGUCUCCAUCUCAUGCCCUUCGUGCCUGUGUAUUCUUGGCAAGUGCUUAUACACCCCUGGCCAGAGAACUGUUUAAUGCAGCCUUUGUAUCGUGCUGGAAUGAAUUGUAUGAUCAAUACAAGGAAGAACUCGUUCAUUCACUUGAGGUAGCUCUAAAGGCCCCCAAUACCCCUCCUGAGAUCAUCCAGAUCUUACUUCAUUUGGCUGAGUUUAUGGAGCACGACCACCGAGUUCUUCCCAUUGAUAUUCGUACUCUGGCUAUGUAUGCUCAAAAGUGCCAUGCAUAUGCUAAGGCUCUCCAUUAUAAGGAAACCGAAUUUCACCAGGAUCAUCAACCAUUUGAUGCUGUCGAGAUGCUCAUGUCUAUCAAUAACUUGCUCCAACAACCUGAUGCUGCAAUGGGUAUUUUGACAUUUGCCCAAGACUCCCUUAAGCUUGAAAGCAAGGUAUCAUGGUACGAGAAAUUGCACCGUUACCAAGAUGCUCUGGAUGCGUACGAAAAACAACAAAUCGAGAAUCCAACGUCUGUGGAAAUUACCCUGGGUCGAAUGCGCUGUUUGCAUGCUUUGGGUGAGUGGGAUCAACUCUCUAGUCUGGCACAAGACAAGUGGAUCCACGCUCCUCUUGAGAACCGUAAGAGUAUGGCUCCUUUUGCCGCAGCAGCAGCAUGGGGUCUUGGCCAAUGGGAGCAGAUGGAGGAGUACAUUGUUCUAUUGAAACUCGAGAGUCCCGACCGAACAUUUUUCCGUGCUAUUCUUGCUAUGCAUCGUAACUGCUAUAGUGAGGCCGAAGAGUUUAUCAACAAGACACGCGAUUUGCUUGACACUGAGCUGACCGCAUUGUUGGGUGAAAGCUACAACCGUGCUUAUGCAACUGUUGUUCGUGUCCAAAUGUUGGCUGAAUUGGAAGAAAUGAUCAUUUACAAGCAAUCAUCCAAUGAUGCAGAGCGUCAAAAUGCUAUCCGUCACACAUGGAUGAAACGCUUGGAUGGCUGUGAGCGCAAUGUGGAAGUAUGGCAAAGAAUUCUGCGAGUUCGGGCUAUGGUCAUCUCUCCACAGGAUGAUAUGGAGAUGUGGAUCAAGUUUGCCAAUCUCUGUCGUAAGAAUGGUCGUUUCUCGCUGUCCGAAAAGACUCUUUGUAGUCUAAUGGAAAUCGACGGCGAAUCAACUGGUGCUGAUCCUCACCCUAAGAUUGUAUAUGCACGCCUCAAGCACAUGUGGGACUCGGCGAGCCAGUCUACAGGCGAAGACAGUCUUACGCUUCGUACACGCGCUUUGAGUAUUCUGCGCGAAUUCACGGCGCAAAAGACACAGGAUUUAGGUCUUAAUCCGGAUGAGAUGGCAGUUAGUAUGCCUAUCGACUCAGCCAGGAUCACUGAUGAUGUCGCUGAAUACACACGUCUUCUCAGUCGUUGUUAUUUGCGCCAGGGAGAAUGGCAGCGUGGAAUAUCAUACGAGCUUACGGAUGAGACGAUUCCUGAUAUCCUGAGAUCCUUCUUGUUAGCAACUCGCUUUGACCAGAACUGGUAUAAGGCCUGGCACGCAUGGGCACUUGCAAACUUUGAUAUCAUUGACUAUCAUGAGCGUGUUCAUCCAGAUCAGAUCCCUGCUCGUAUCUUUAACCAUCAUAUCGUACCUGCCGUCCAAGGUUUCUUCCGUUCAAUCGCACUUUCUAAAGAAAGUUCUCUCCAAGAUACCUUGCGACUUCUUACAUUGUGGUUCAAGUACGGAUACCAUCCUGAAGUCAGUGCAGCUAUCGAAGACGGUUUUGGCACAAUUAGUAUUGAUGUCUGGCUUCAAGUUAUUCCUCAACUUAUUGCUCGUGUUCAUGCACCAAAUGCCACUGUACGCUCUCUUAUCCAUAAUCUUUUGACCGCAAUUGGUCGUCAGCACCCUCAGGCACUUGUGUACUCUCUUACUGUGGCUUCAAAGUCUCAGAGCGAACCUCGUAAGAAGGCAACCCAUGCCAUUAUGGACCACAUGCGCACACACAGUACCACCCUUGUUGAUCAGGCUCUUAUGGUUAGUCAAGAAUUGAUUCGUGUUGCAAUUUUGUGGCACGAAAUGUGGCAUGAAGGAUUGGAAGAAGCAUCUCGUUUAUACUUUGGUGAUCGUAAUGUUGAAGCAAUGUUUGCCACACUUGAGCCUCUCCAUCAGAUGCUCGACCGUGGUCCUGAAACCAUGCGCGAAGAAUCGUUUGUACAAGCAUUUGGCCGGGAUCUCCAAGAUGCGCAGGACUGGUGUCGACAAUACCAAGAGACUCGGGAUCUCAACAACCUCAACCAAGCCUGGGAGCUUUAUUACCAGGUCUUUAGACGUAUAUCUCGCCAACUGCCUCAACUGACGAGCCUUGAACUCCAAUAUAUCUCACCUCGCUUACUGGAAGCUCGAAACCUGGAGCUGUGUGUACCGGGUUAUUACCGCAGUGGCGAACCAAUUGUACGCAUUGCCAAGUUUAAUCCUAGUUUGACUGUGAUCGCUUCCAAGCAACGACCACGAAAACUGACCAUAGAAGGAAGUGAUGGAAAAGACUAUAUGUAUUUGCUCAAGGGACACGAAGAUUUGCGUCAAGAUGAACGCGUGAUGCAACUGUUUGGCUUGGUGAACACCCUUCUCAAAAAUGAUGCUGAGACCUUUAAGCGUCAUCUCAACAUCGAAAGAUACCCCGCUAUCCCACUUUCGCCCAACUCUGGUUUGAUCGGUUGGGUGCCAGAUACUGAUACCUUACAUACCCUUAUUCGUGAUUACCGUGACAGCCGAAAGAUUCUACUGAACAUUGAACAUCGCUUGAUGCUUCAGAUGGCUCCUGAUUAUGACAAUUUGACCGUCAUUCAGAAAGUAGAAGUGUUCCAGUAUGCUUUUGAAAAGACAACUGGUCAGGACUUAUACCGCGUGUUGUGGCUCAAGAGUCGCAACUCUGAAGUUUGGCUCGAUCGCCGUACAAACUAUACUCGAUCACUUGCUGUGAUGUCGAUGGUUGGAUAUAUCCUUGGUCUAGGAGAUCGUCAUCCUUCCAAUUUGAUGUUGCAUCGUGUAACUGGCAAGGUUGUUCAUAUUGAUUUUGGUGAUUGUUUCGAGGUGGCAAUGCAUCGUGAGAAAUUCCCCGAAAAGAUUCCAUUCCGUCUUACACGAAUGUUGGUUAAGGCUAUGGAAGUUAGUGGUAUCGAGGGUAACUUUAGAACUACCUGUGAGCAUGUGAUGCGUGUCUUGAGAGACAAUAAAGAAAGUUUGAUGGCUGUAUUGGAAGCAUUUGUGCACGAUCCUCUUAUCAACUGGAGAUUAUUAAAUAACACACCUGUCAGUCCACAGCAAACCAGAGAAAAUGCCCAGGGUCCAGAAGGAUUGAAUUCCCGUGCAGUGGCUGUUGUGGAUAGAGUAUCAAACAAACUGACAGGUCGUGACUUUAACCCACGGGUCACUUUGGAUGUGUCUACACAAGUGGAGAAGUUGAUCCAACAGGCAACUUCACUAGAGAAUCUGUGCCAAUGUUAUAUUGGAUGGUGUGCAUUCUGGUAG